CUCUUGGGUGUACUCGAUUUAUUUUGGUGACAAACAUUUUGGAAUGGCCUAUUUGGAUCCAAAAUUUCCAGAAGAUGUAAAAAGCCUCGGAAAUCAUGAAAUUAUUGGAGCUCUUGUUACAAAAGUUGGUGAAGUAAUAGAGUUUGGAGACAAAGCCCGUAAAAUGUUUACUGAAAAUAGAGAAGAUUGCAGUGAAUAUAUUUUUCUUGAUCAUGACGAACUGGAUAAAGAAUAUUGGAAUGAUAAUAUUUCUAAACUGGGUACGGUGAAAGUAAAGGAAGUUUUUCAGAAUAUAAUUGGCUUCCUAGUGAAGAAAAUUUUCAAGGAAAUUGCUGACCAUGGUUCUCAGGCACAUGAAGAAAUGUCACGUGAAUCAGGGCUAUUUAAUAUGCACUGUGUGAUCACUGUACCUCAUCACUGGAAAAGCCACGUCGAAGAUCUUAGAGGCGCUUUUGAUAGAACAAUGAACGAUCUGAAUAAAGACGUGAAGAAAGAGCAGUUGCACAUUAAAUUGAGAGAGGUGGCCAUUUCUCCAUAUAUUAAUGGGGUUAAAGCAUCUGUCACUUGUUUGAAUUUCAACGUUGACAACUUGACAUUCAACGAAAACACAACAUAUGUCAAUCUACAUGUGGGAUCGAAAUAUUGCAACCUAACAUUCCUUAAAGCAGUGAAUUCAAAGAGUCCAGACAAAAUUACUGGUACGCCAUACAUACAAAAAUGGAGAAUAACACCAGAGGAUCAAUUUGUGACGCUGUUUAAAAAUGUAGUUACACCAAAUAUUUUUUAUAAAUGGAAAACUAAAUAUGAGAGCGAAUAUAUUUCUUUGCUCAGUCUGUUGGAGGAUCGGAAAAAUAAAAUGCGCGAAAACAUGGACGAAAAUGAAAAAUAUGAGUUCCAAUUGUCUCCAACGUUAUUCAAAUUAUUUGAAGGAGAUAAAAUUAGUAUGUCUGAUUUCGAGGACCGUGUGGCAAAACAAGGAGGAGAAGUUGAAAAGAACGAUAGUGGAUGUACUAUCAUUUUUAAAUGGUCCUUAUUGAAAUCAAUUUUUACUUAUGUCAGAGACAGUACCCAGGAGAUCAUUAAGGAACACAAAGAAAAUUUUGAAGAGAGAAAGAUUCGUUGUGUGAUAAUGACUGGUAGCUAUUCUCAGAUGAAACUUUUCUUGCACGAGGCUGAGGAAGAGUGGUUUAAGGACCUUGGCUCACCAACAGUUGUCAUUCCGGUGCAUAUCGGUUCAACAUAUGCGAUGGGCGCAGCAUACUUUUUUAAAAAAUAUCCGAAGUGGAUAUUUUAUGACCUUGUCAAUAAGUGAUCGACCACAUGUAUUCAAAACUGAGUUUUCAAUGUCCGUACGCAGUG